AUGACCAAUGCAAAAAGGCAAAAACAUUUAGUCAAUGAGUACAAAGGUUAUACGGUGCCGAAUAACCAUACAGACAUUGAUGUAAUUGAAAAAUUUCCUGAAAAUCAUGAUGAAUGGUUUUUCAAUAAUUUUAUUAAAUUGCGAAAACCAGCUAAAAUUAAAAGUCAAUGUCCAAUUAAUAUUGACGAAUUUAAGUUUGAUAAGUUAAAGGAGAAAUUGCAGUAUCAAGAUAAGUUGCAAAUCGAGAAAAAAUUCAAUAAUGGGUUUGGUUCGGGUUUACAAAGGGAGUUGAAAACUUUUGAUGAAAUUUUGAGCAUUUUUGAAAAUGGUGACGAUUCUUAUUACUUGACUACUCAGUAUAACCAGGAGGAGCCUGAGGAAGAAGAAGAUCAAGAAGGAGAAGAAGAAGAUGAAGAAGGAGAAGAAGAAGAUGAUGAAGAAGAAGAAGAAGAAGAAGAUGAUGAAGAUGAUGAAGAUGAAGAUGAAGAAGAGGAGGAGGAAGAAGGAACUGCAUUUUCGGAUACUUCAUCCAUUGGUUCAAUUGAUAUGAAUAACCUCCGAGAUGACUUUGAUGAUUGCGAUGAUUCACUAAUUGAUGAAAAACAUCAACUUUCUUAUGCCGAUAUCCAAUCAAGAGUUAAGGAACUACUACAACCACCAUUAACAAACUUAUACAAAGACGAAAACUUCCCGUUAGUCCCCCAAUUUUUAUCUAGUUUAAUCCCUCAACAAAUUAAUUUAUGGAUGGGUAAUGGUAAGAACACAGGGGGUUCAAUCGAAGACAUGGAUUUUGAUAACUUGAGUUUAGACGAGAUCGGUAAAAGAAUUCCUGGUAAUGGUACUUCUUCAGGUUUACAUCAUGAUCACGCUGAUAAUUUAUAUAUUUUGAUUCAAGGUACUAAAAGAUUUACGUUAUAUUCACCCAAUGACACUUUAAAGUUAUUUACAGUGGGGGAAAUUUACAAAAUUUUCCAAAAUGGAUUAAUUGAUUAUGAAAUUAGUGAAUUCUCCAAAAAUUGGAAACAUAUUAGAGAUGAUGGUGCAAUGUUGAUUAAUAUUGCUGAAUGGAAAAUUGCAAAUAGUGAUUUUAGUACCUGGACCGAAGACCAAAUAUUAGAGAUUAUUGAAAAGGAUAAAGCACAAUGCUUGUCCAAACCAACCAAGGGUGAUCCUCCAAGUUUUUCUAAAAUACCUCCAUUAUUAUUACAUUUAGAUGAAUUAAAAGAUUCAAGUCAUAUUGAAAAAUUAACUAAUUUUGCUAAUGAGUAUUUUCCUGGUUUUCUAGAUUUGAAUAAAUUACAAGUUUGGUUGAAACCUGGUGAACAACUUUAUUUACCAACUGGCUGGUUUCACGAAGUUAGCAGUUUUGCUCAAGACGAGUUAAACCCCACGCAUAUUGCCAUUAAUUACUGGUUUAUCCCACCAACCGAAUUUUUCUUCCACACUCCUUAUAAGGAUACGUAUUGGCAAGAAGACUUUGAUGCAAAUAAGGCAUCAAUUGAACACCUCAAGAAGGGUAUUGUACAACUUUAG